UUACGGCGCGGAGCCUGGUCAGCCCGGGCAGGCGUUCUCUGCGCGCUCCGGAGCUCGUACCUUCGCGGAGUGGCCGGCCGAGGGGAGCGGAGCCGGGAUCCCACCCUGAUCGCUGCGCCGAGCCGGCGGAGCGGACCAGCCGGGCCUGCGGAGGAGGCGGACCGUGCCCCGAGCGCCCUCCAGCUGCGCUCCAUGCUCCGCCCGCGGCCCGGCCCCGCGCCCCGGGCAGCACCCAUGCACUGCGCGCGCCGGGAGCCGUAGGCUGCAGCUGCGCCGCGGCUCCGGGAGCCGGCGGGGGCGCCGCGGCCGUGGGGGGCGUCCAUGGAUCGCCACUCCAGCUACAUCUUCAUCUGGCUGCAGCUCGAACUCUGCGCCAUGGCCGUGCUGCUCACCAAAGGUGAAAUCAGGUGCUACUGUGAUGCCGCCCACUGCGUGGCUACUGGUUACAUGUGUAAAUCUGAGCUGAGCGCCUGCUUCUCCAGACUUCUGGAUCCUCAGAACACAAACUCCCCGCUCACCCACGGCUGCCUGGACUCUCUCGCAAGCACAGCAGACGUCUGCCAAGCCAAACAGGCACACAACCACUCCGGCAGCACCGCGCCCACGUUGGAGUGCUGUCACGAAGACAUGUGCAAUUACAGGGGGCUGCAGGAUGUCCUUGCCCCUCCCAAGGGGGAGGCCUCAGGACAGGGGAGCAGGUAUCAGCAUGACGGGAGCAGAAACCUCAUCACCAAAGUGCAGGAGCUGACUUCCUCCAGAGAGCUGUGGUUCCGGGCAGCCGUCAUCGCCGUUCCCAUUGCCGGGGGGCUGAUCCUGGUGUUGCUCAUCAUGUUGGCUUUGAGGAUGCUACGGAGUGAGAACAAGAGGCUGCAGGACCAGCGGCAGCAGAUGCUGUCCCGUUUGCACUACAGCUUCCACGGACACCACUCCAAAAAGGGGCAGGUGGCAAAGCUAGACUUGGAGUGCAUGGUGCCUGUGAGCGGCCACGAGAACUGCUGUCUGACAUGCGACAAGAUGAGGCAAGCCGACCUCAGCCACGACCGGAUCCUGUCCCUCGUGCACUGGGGCAUGUACAGCGGGCACGGGAAGCUGGAGUUCGUAUGACCGGGUCUCACAGAACCGGACUUCCGGGACCCUUUGAAUUCUGCUGGGCAGGAGCACUUUAUCUGAAGAAAAAUGAACUCGCGUCAUCCCCUUCGAGAGACAGAAAGACCUCUGCAAACAGAAUCUUGGAUAUUUCUUCUGAAGGAUUAUUUGCACAGACUUAAAUACAGUCAAAAUGUAUUAUUUGCUUUAAAAUGAUAAAAAGCAAAGAGGAGACUCUGUACACUGUUACCAGGGUUAUUUGCAUCCAGAGGGAGCUGGAAUCGAGUAUCUAAAUAAACGAAAAUGUGCUCUAUGUAAGCUCCUACAUCUUGAUUUAUUGUAAAGAUUUAAAAUAUAUAUAUAUAUUUUGUCUGAAAUUCAGCGGUGUCGUGUCAUAAAUUAAAAAACUAACGGGAAGGGUAAGGAACUACAUGUUAAUUAUACAGAUGAAGACCUAUCGUUGCUCAGAGUAGGAUCUCAACUAUAAAUUUUGGCUUGACUUUUUUUUUUUUUUUUAGACAAGACCAAGAUAUUGUUUGUUCUUACAUGACGCAUGUGUCAUAUUCUUACAAUGUGGAGCAUUUCUAAAUGUGUACUGUGGGUCAUUUAUAGUGUCUUACCCACAAUCUUUUGUUAGGAUAAUGCUGGUUUUUAACUUUCAUCUAAGAGAAAUCGGAAACAUUGAUACUGGGUCAGAUAUCACUGAUCAAUUUCUGAAGUUGCCUUAGCAAAGGGUGAUAUUUAUCAACUUGAUCCAGGUGCUCUAGAGUACAUUUUUAAAUGUGUCUACCUCCAAUCAAAAAAGGGAAAAAAAAUGCUUACUAAAUGAAACUUUGUUUUUCUUGGGUAAAGUUAGUGAUUGUCUACUUUUACUUGCUAAUUCAUCGGUUUAUUCUGUAUCAAACCUAAUUAAAUAUAUUGGACCCCAGGUUAGCCAAACAUUAUUGUACCAUGAUCCUAAUUUUUAAAACUUGCUUCCACACAGUGUUAUGAUUUUUUUUUUUUUUACUUUCCAGUCUUUAGAAGGAUUUUCAGUAGCGAACGUUACAUAUCAAUUGAGAUUUAAAUAAUAAUUUUCUCCCCAAAUGAUUCUUUUCUUAACAUAAUCAAAUAGACUGUUGAUUUUAGCCACUAAUGCAGUAAAUAACAGUGUUUCCACUCCUAGAGGACUUUGGCAAUACAGCCAGGUCAGAAUUUAAACCCAUGCUACAUUUGUGUACUUUCCUGCCAAAUGGGUCUUUUUAUCUUAAAUGUGAGAAUAAUUGGUAGGUUCUUCUCUCAAUUCUUUUGUAUAUUUGAAACUUUUGCCUAAAAAUUAACCUAUAGCCUGCAUAUUUGAGUACAUCUGGGGUUUUCUUUUCUGAAUGUUAAAGGAUUUUUGCAUUUUUUUUCUGGGAUAUUUUAUGAUCUGCAUAAUUUGGGUUCCUUAAGAAGACAGGUGCACUCGCCCGGUUGAUGGAAGCAUCUGAGUUGAAAUGACUAGUCUAAAAAUGACUGUCUAGGUUAUUUAAUACUAGUAGCCCACAGCCCCAAACAAAUUAGGCUAUGGAAUAAAUACGCGUUUUAAUAAAUGAUGGCAUUC